CCUAAAAACAUGAGGACCCCAAUCCUUCUUUUGUACUCUUAUUCUUUCUUUUCCUUCACACAACCAAUACAGCCCAUCCCAUUUGAAAGCAAAGAAAAAAGAAAAGAAAAAAAGAAAGAGAGAAAAAAAUAUUGAAAAAAUAGAAGUGUGCUGCUGUGUGAAAGUAAACAUGAAAAUGUGUUAAUAAAAUGAAAAGCCUCCCAUUGUUGUGCCAAAUUAUACUUAAGACCACAUUUAGCUUUUCUUCUCUCUCCAUCAUCAAAUGGAACCAUUUCUCAAUUACAUUGAAGCAUCUGAUGCUAAAGCAACCACCUUUUGCAACUCUGCUUCUAUCACGACCUUCGAAUACGAACAAGUUUCUGAGAAGCGAAAACAGAGGAGCACUCAAGAAAACAGAGACCACCCCAUGUUCAGAGGAGUUCGAAAACGAAAUUGGGGCAAAUGGGUCUCUGAGAUUCGUGAGCCGAGGAAGAAGACCAGAAUUUGGCUUGGAACUUACCCAACGCCGGAAAUGGCAGCCAGGGCACAUGACGCCGCGGCGCUGGCAAUUAAGGGUCAAUCUGCUUUUCUCAAUUUCCCUGAAUUGGCACAAUUCCUUCCUCGCCCGCUCUCCAAGUCCCACAAGGACAUUCAGGCCGCCGCAGCACAGGCGGCGGCCGCCACAUUUUCCGCGGGAAGCACUGGUGAAGGUGGAGGAGGGGAAGCGGAGGGGGAGAACAGGGAGCCUCUGUUUUCUGGAAGCGAUGGGGGAGACAGAACAGAGGACUCCACAAACUCCCUGACGACGGCGGCCGGUGACGAGACAUUGUUCGAUUUGCCUGAUUUGUUCGCCGGAAGUUCUGAUUUGAAAGAUGGGUUUGUUUAUCAUUCUUCAUUGUGGCAGUUAUGUGCGGCGGCCGAUCAUAAUGGUUUUCGGCUGGAAGAGCCUUCAUUCUGGGAGCUCAUUUAAGUUAAAUAUGUGUCUUUAUUUUCCACUCCAUCAGAAUUCUGUUUCCAGAGAUGAUGUAUUUUUGUUCUACUGUAAUAAUGAAAUGAAUAACAGAGUAAAAACGUUUUGGAAAUAUUUAGUCUUCCUGUGAGAUUAAUCUGGUUAACAUUUGUUUUUAAAGAAAAGGUGUAGUCCCUACUCUAUAAAUGUUGAGAAGAUACUCACACUGUCUAUUCUUGGAUAGAAAUUAUUAUUAUUGUUGUUGUUUUAAGAUUUAUUGAAUUUAUAAAGACUAAAGUUUAGACAUGGAUUUGAAAGUUUAGACUAAAGUAAUCAAAUAUUUUUCAUUCAACAUCUGACUAUUGCAAUAAAUCCAAAAAAAUCCUAAUUUGAUGA